AUGCACCAGGAUGCGUGCAUUACUGGUUUUAGGCCUGUUGGCCCUCGCAAGAGGCCAAUUGUCGGACUGCACUUGUUCCUAUACGACGACGGGGCUGGCCCGGCCGUCACAGUGGCGACGGACAAGUCUGGCCAGUUUACGGCUAUUGGCGAUGCGAUCUCCUAUGCGCAACACAAUGAGAUUCCCACUGUGACCGUGCUAGCGGGCACGUAUCCAGCCGUCACCGUUUCUGCAACCCCAUCCGUUGCUGUGAUUGGCGAAAGCACAAGUGACGAGGACUCUUCGAAAAACAAGGUUGUGGUUUCCGACGAAGGAACGGCGCUUACACUGUCUGUCAAUGUGGACGGCAUUACAUUCCAAAAUUUCGAUUUUGUCAGCACAGGGUCAGACGACCCCGCCGUGAACAUUAAAGGAAACAAGCUCGCAUUCUACGCCUGUCGGUUUGUUUCGGCGGGCCCGGUGGCAAUUGAAACAGGGCUUGGUAUUGGCAUCAUCGCAAACAGCUAUAUCGAAGCCCAAGAUACGGCCAUCGACGGCAGAGCAACGUUGUAUAUCUUCAACACCGACAUUAUGCUCAUGCAGGACUCGGCCAUUGUUGCCUACACAACUGGUACUGACUUGGAUGGCACGUUGUACAAUUCCACUGUGGUGUUGGAUAAAGCGACAGUAUCCCCCAAAGCAGACGACAAGAGUGACAGGGCAUAUUUGGCCAAAGCAAAAGGCUUGGGGUCCGUGGCUGUCUACCGAGGCUCAUUGCUUGAUAGUUUUAUCGCCGACACUGGAGUCUACGUUGAUGGCAUUACCCAGGAUGCACGCAACUUCUACGGUGAAUACGGGGAUACAGGAGCGGGAGCGUACCCGAGCAACAAAAAGGCCAGAUCGCCAUAUGUGACCCUCUUGGACAACUCAAGUAUUUCGCAAUUCACACUGGGCGCAGUCUUUGCAGGCGCAUAUCCUGAUUUCGCCACGUCGGAUACUAGCUGGAUCGAUCCCACCGUUCUAGACGAGAUCGCCACAGCAGAUGAAACCAGCCCUACAUCAAGCGCAGCUCCAAGUGGAACUGACGGUGCAUCUCCCGGGACACCGACCCCCACUUCGGAUAGCACAACACCUCCAGACGGGGCGUUCAUCGUCUCUAAGACAAGCAUUGCGGGCAAGAAGGUCUACGACACAAUACAAAGUGCCCUUGAUGCCUUGCCGAAAUCCGCCAGUGCCUCUUCCACUGUGUUCAUCUACCCUGGUACCUAUGACGAACAGAUUGUGGUCAGAGCCCCCGGCACUGUGAUUCUCGUUGGCUAUUCCGAAUCCACGGGUGACAACGAGAAAAACCAGGUCACGAUACAGAGCAACAAGGCGGGAGAUCCCAGCUCGGACACGUCUUUGUCUAGUAGCGCCACUGUCUAUGCUGAUGGAAACAAUUUGCAAGCGAUCAACAUCAACUUCUCCAACACGCACAAUGGAGCCGAUGACGCAUCAGUGGCAUUUGCUGUCGCGGCCGACAAGUAUGCUAGUCUCUAUAGCUGCCGAGUUACUGGCAACCGGAACGCUCUUGUCGUUGACGGCUUUUUCUUCGCCGCCAAUAGCUACAUUGAAGGCAACGAGGACAUGAUCUCUGGAAGUGGCGCGGGCUACUUCCUCAAUUCCACUAUAUCUCCAAACGAGGAUGAUAUUAGUAUCACUGCAGACAGACGUGCCUCCAGCUCUACCCCAGGAGGACUCGUCUUUGACCAGUCCAAAGUAACGCCCGUUGGUGGUGCAGGGUUAAUGUCCGAGAUAUCACUGGGAAGACCACGGAAUUCCAAUGCACGAGUUGCCUACAUUGAAUCCCAUCUUGGGUCAUGUGUGGAGCCCGAAGGCUGGGAGAGAUGGUCUUACGCUAGUCCGAGGACUGAUGGUGUCUUAUUCGGUGAAUUUGAAAAUGACGGCCCAGGGUCUGAUACCUCCCAACGCGCCUCUUUUGCCACGCAAUUGACCAAGGAAUCCGUUGUGCAAUUCGAGAUUGCCAACUUCUUUGAUUCACUUUCAUGGAUUGACUUUUCGCACGUUGAUGGAACACCUUUCAGCGUGGAACCGUCUUCGCCAUCGAGUACUUCGCCAGAUUCAAGCUCCUCUGCAUCGACCUCACCGAAUGCUGCGGCAUCGUCACCAGAUCCUAGUGGUUCUGAUGCUGCAAAUCCAGCAGGGUCUUCGCCAUCGAGCACUUCGCCGUGUUCAAGCUCCUCUACAUCGACAUUACCGAAUGCUGCGGCAUCAUCAUCAGAUCCUGGUGGUUCAGCAUCAAGCACCCCUGAUGCUGCAGAUCUAGCAGGGUCUUUGCCCUCGAGUACUUCGCCAGGUUCAAGCUCCUCUCCGUCGACAUCACCGAAUGCUGCGGCAUCAUCAUCAAAUCCUGGUGGCUCAGCAUCAAGCACUCCUGAUGCUGCAAAUCCAGCAGGGUCUUUGCCCUCAAGUACUUCGCCGGGUUCAAGCUCCUCUCCGUCGACAUCACCAAAUGCUGCGGCAUCAUCAUCAGACCCUGGUGGCUCUGAUGCUGCAGAUCUUAGUGGCUCUGAUGCUGCAGAUCUUAGUGGCUCUAAUGCUGGAGAUCCUAGUGGCUCUGAUGCUGCAGAUCCAGCAGGGUCUUCGCCAUCGAGUACUUCGCCAGGUUCAAGCUCCUCUCCGUCGAUCUCACCGAAAGCUGCAGCAUCGUCACCAAACCCUGGUGGCUCUGCAUCGACCUCAGACCCUGGUGGUUCUUCAUCAAGCACUCCUAAUCCUGCAAAUCCAGCAGGGUCUUCGCCAUCAAGUACUUUGCCAGGCUCAAGCUCCUCUCCGUCGACAUCACCAAAUGCUGCGGCAUCAUCAUCAGACCCUGGUGGCUCUGAUGCUGCAGAUCUUAGUGGCUCUGAUGCUGCAGAUCUUAGUGGUUCUGAUGCUGGAGAUCCUAGUGGCUCUGAUGCUGCAGAUCUAGCAGGGUCUUCGCCAUCGAGUACUUCGCUAGGUUCAAGCUCCUCUACAUCGACAUCACCGAAUGCUGCGGCAUCGUCAUCAGAUCCUGGUGGUUCAGCAUCAAGCACCCCUGAUGCUGCAGAUCUAGCAGGGUCUUUGCCCUCGAGUACUUCGCCAGGUUCAAGCUCCUCUCCGUCGACAUCACCGAAUGCUGCGGCAUCAUCAUCAGACCCUGGUGGUUCUGAUGCUGCAGAUCUAGCAGGGUCUUUGCCCUCGAGUACUUCGCCAGGUUCAAGCUCCUCUCCGUCGACAUCACCGAAUGCUGCGGCAUCAUCAUCAGACCCUGGUGGUUCUGAUGCUGCAAAUCCAGCAGGGUCUUUGCCCUCAAGUACUUCGCCAGGUUCAAGCUCCUCCUCUCCGUCGACCUCACCAAAUGCUGCGGCAUCAUCAUCAGACCCUGGUGGUUCUGAUGCUGCAGAUCCAGCAGGGCCUUUGCCCUCGAGUACUUCGCCAAAUUCAAGCUCCUCUACAUCGACAUCACCGAAUGCUGCGGCAUCGUCUUCAGACCCCAGUAGUUCUGAUGCUGCAGAUCCAGCAGGGCCUUUGCCCUUGAGUACUUCGCCAGGGUCAAGCUCCUCUGCAUCGAUCUCACCGAAAGCUGCAGCAUCGUCACCAAACCCUGGUGGCUCUGCAUCGACCUCAGACCCUGGUGGUUCUUCAUCAAGCACUCCUAAUCCUGCAAAUCCAGCAGGGUCUUCGCCAUCAAGUACUUUGCCAGGUUCAAGCUCCUCUCCGCCGACAUUACCGAAAGCUGCGGCAUCGACACCAAACCCUGGUGGCUCUGCAUCGACCUCACCGAAUGCUGCGGCAUCGUCAUCAAACCCUGGUGGCUCUGCAUCGACAUCACCGAAUGCUGCGGCAUCUUCAUCAGUUUCAAGCUCCUCUGCAUCGACCUUACCGGAUGCUGCGGCAUCGUCAUCAGACCCUGGUGGUUCUGAUGCUGCAGAUCUAAGUGGCUCUGAUGCUGCAGAUCUUAGUGGCUCUGAUGCUGGAGAUCCUAGUGGCUCUGAUGCUGCAGAUCCAGCAGGGCCUUUGCCCUCGAGUACUUCGCCAGGUUCAAGCUCUUCUCCGUCGACAUCACCGAAUGCUGCGGCAUCAUCAUCAAACCCUGGUGGCUCUGCAUCGACACCACCGAAUGCUGCGGCAUCAUCAUCAGACCCUGGUGGUUCUGAUGCUGCAAAUCCAGCAGGGUCUUUGCCCUCAAGUACUUCGCCAGGUUCAAGCUCCUCCUCUCCGUCGACCUCACCGAAUGCUGCGGCAUCAUCAUCAGAUCCUGGUGGUUCUUCAUCAAGCACUCCUAAUCCUGCAAAUCCAGCAGGGUCUUCGCCAUCAAGUACUUUGCCAGGCUCAAGCUCCUCUCCGUCGACAUCACCAAAUGCUGCGGCAUCAUCAUCAGAUCCUGGUGGUUCUUCAUCAAGCACUCCUAAUCCUGCAAAUCCAGCAGGGUCUUCGCCAUCAAGUACUUUGCCAGGCUCAAGCUCCUCUCCGUCGACAUCACCAAAUGCUGCGGCAUCAUCAUCAGACCCUGGUGGUUCUGAUGCUGCAGAUCUUAGUGGCUCUGAUGAUGCAGAUCUUAGUGGUUCUGAUGCUGUAGAUCCAGCAGGGCCUUUGCCCUUGAGUACUUCGCCAGGUUCAAGCUCCUCUCCGUCAACAUUACCGAAAGCUGCGGCAUCGACACCAAACCCUGGUGGCUCUGCAUCGACCUCAGACCCUGGUGGUUCUUCAUCAAGCACUUCUGAUGCUGCAAAUCCAGCAGGGUCUUCGCCAACCGACCCAUCAAGCCCACCGGGUUCUGAUGACCCCUCCUCAAGCUCAGCAACAGCUGCAGGUUCUUCAGUGUCAGAUGGUAUUACCACCAGCACUAUCCUGGUAACAAUCACAACUUCCGUGACUACCACCGACGCCACAGCGACCUCUGUAACAACGAAAACAAAUACUCUCGACCCAGACUGUACUAUAACCCCAGCUCCUGUCAUUGUAACGACCACUGAGAAGGGACAAACAACCGUCAUCGAAACAUACACCGAUGCCGACUCCACAGAGACUGUGCAAAAGACCUCGACCAUCACAAUUACAGUCACUGAUCCUUCACCCAAGGCAACAUACACCCGAACUGUGAUCUCGACGACCACCAUAACAUCAACAUCACCACCCUCCAUAACAACAUCCAUGCUGACCAUUACGGCCUGUCCUCGGGGAACGAGCACAAAGACUGGCAAGACCACAGUUGUGACGACAAAGGUGACUUCGACGAAGACCGAGACCGAUAGUGUGACAACGACUCUGGAUUGUAUCCCAGCAAGGAAAAUGAAACGACAUCUACUCCCGCCUCGAUCAGUUCCUGCAACUAGAUCCAAACCGACAACGGUCACCGAAACUGCUAUGACAACUGGGAUGACCCAUUCUCUCAAAACGGACGGUACUAUCAUAAUCACAGAUGUGAACCAUGUGAAAAUCACCAUCUCUUUUGUAACAUCCACAGUGACCGAAACAAACACUGCCACCGUUGCUGCAGACACUGCUGUGGUGACAAUGACCGGGAAUGCUGGCGAUUCAGUCACCUUAGAUCCAGAGACGUCAACUUCCACCGUCACAUCACUCUCAUCAACUACAUCUAUCACGACGGUGACGGCUGCCGUCGCAACGAUCACAGACUUGACAACAACUACAGCUCAGUCUACGGUGGGAUUGGCUCCCUCAACGGUGAUUCUGGUGGUUACCACGCAGAUAUCUACCUCCACGCUCUUCUUACCUGCGUCUACCUCGACCGAGACCAAGACUAUUACCUACCAUAAUAUCCCGACUACGACGGUCACUUCUCGCCCGACCUCCACCAAGACCAAGACGGUCAAGACCACCACAAUCACCACUACUAGUACAGUGACAAAAACUUCACAGGACGCUACGACCUGUACUUCCUGA